ACGUGUGGUUUCUAGCACCAGGAAUCAAGUGUGUGAAAGAAAGUCAACAUGUCAGGCCCAGAGUGUUGCUCAAAUCCACCAACACUGAAUCCGAGUGCAGGAUCUGGUCACGUUGACAAGAUCGGUGCUCUCCAAGCCUACAUCGCCGGUUCUCCUAAUUCCAACCCCGCCGUUCUUCUCGUCUCCGAUGUUUAUGGAUAUGAAGCGCCAAAUUUAAGGAAGCUUGCAGACAAAGUUGCUGCUGCUGGUUAUUAUGUGGUUGUUCCGGACUUCCUUAAUGGUGAACCUUACAAUCCUGAGAAUCCUAAUAGGCCCAUCCCUAUUUGGAUUAAAGAUCAUGGAACGGACAAAGGUUUUGAAGAUGCAAAACUCAUAAUUGAAGCCAUAAAAAGUAAAGGUGUUACAUCUGUCGGGGCUGCUGGAUUUUGUUGGGGUGCUAAGGUUGUUACUGAACUCGCAAAAUCCAAACUUAUUGAAGCUGUUGUGCUUUUGCAUCCAUCAUUUGUCUCUGUGGAUGACAUAAAGGGUGUUGACAUUCCAAUUUCUGUACUUGGAGCUGAGAUUGACAGACUUUCGCCGCCAGAGCUUGUGAAACAGUUUGAAGAAAUCCUUACUGCUAAUUCUGUGACAAGUUUUGUGAAAAUAUUUCCCAAAGUUUCGCAUGGUUGGACUGUGAGAUACAAACCAGAGGAUGCAGAAGAAGUGAAGGCUGCAGAGGAGGCACAUCAGGACUUGCUGGACUGGUUUGCUAAACAUCUCAAGUAAAAAUUGUUGUCAGUUGAUAGCGCCUGUAUCUACGUGUGAACUUUAAGUGCAGUAUUCAACAUGCUGUGCAUUCCACAAUGUUCAGUUUACCAUAAAAUAAAUGCUGUAUUGUUUCGUAUUGGACACGGAUUCAGCAGCGUGUAUACGUAAAAAAAAUAAUUAUAAUGUUUCUUCCUGUGCACAGUUGUAAUUUGUGAUAUUAAGAAAACAUAUUUUAAGACUUAUAUUUUAAA